AUGAUUAUUUAAGAUAAGUUGGAUCCUUCUGGGAUGUUUUCAAAGGCCGGAAGACUAUCUUUAGAAAUGUAUACUAUGUUAUAGGAGAAAGAUUUUAUAUUAAAUAACAAAAGAAAGAUUUAGAAAUUAUCAGAUAUUCAUAUUUAAUAAUCUCUAAAUUCUAUGCAUGCAAAACAAUAACACGGAAAUGAAAAACACAGAACAUUUUAGCCUCGUGGUGGUAAUGAUACAACAAAGAGUUUACCAACAAUUAAAUAACCUUUUUUCAAGAUGGUUUCAAGAGAUUAAUAUUAGAUUCUUCAGUCAAAACUUACUUCAAAUAAUCAAAAAUUCGGAAUGUACAAUCCAAAAUAUCAUUUAAUUUACGAAAAGAGUCCUCUCUACCCUGAUCUUGAAAGCCAAGAUGUUAAAUAAAGAGCGAGAGAAUUCCAGUUGUAGAAUUUGCAUUUCUCUUAAUCAGCCAAGAGGCUCAAGACAAUUUAAUAAAAAAAGCACUAGUUAUAAUAAUAACAAUAGAUGUUGCUUUAGCAGUAGAUUUAAAAUGAGAGUUAGUUAAUAAAUAACAAUAAAUCUAUAAUUGCUUCUUAAUAAAUGUAAUUAAAUGCGUCUCAAGUUGCAGCUACUACUGCAGCAUAGUUGUAAAGUCUCAAUCAAUCAGCCCUCGUUUAGUAAAGUGCCCUUAAUCAAUCUUCUAUUCAAACAAAAAGAGUUUUGAAUAAUUCUAUCUCAGAUUCUUCUAUCCUUGGUAUAGACUUUGAUAAACCACGCAGUCGUGUUGUAGGACCAGUACAAUUUGAAAAAUAGCAAGGCAGAAAACCUUUAAUGGCAUAAUCAAUACCACAUGAUAAAAGAUUCGAAUAUAUUGAAAUUCCCUCAAUUUAUUCUAAGAGCCAGCAUUUACCAAAUAUAUCUUUCGAAACUUAAAAAAGAAGUCAGUAAGUUUUUGGAUCAAAAACAGGAGGCUUAGACUACAAUGUAAACUAUGAUUUAGUGCACCCACGUAACAGUAUUGGAGUGUUGGAUUAUUCUAAAUUAUCACCCAGAAAGCCAUAGACUAAGCCAGUUUACACUCUUAACGAGUCUAUCAAUGAUGAUUAUGUUUUCUCACUUGCACGUUCUAAAAGUUAAAUUUUAAAGAAGGUUUCUGUUCCAAAAUUUGAGAAAAUGCCAGGAAGAGAUCGCUCUUUGCAUGAAACUAAACUUGAACAAAUAGAUAUCGAUAUUAACCAUUAAAAGUCAAGGCAUAAAUGA